AUGGUGUUGGUGACACCGGGAAAGGCUGGUCAAACAGCGCUCCGGCACUACAGCAGCCUUCCAAUGCUUCAUUUCCUCUUCCCCACCGCUCCUUUGAGAGGUGUUGGCAGCAAAGGCCUCAAACCAUCAUGGUAUGAUGUUCCCACCUUGGAUCCGGACCAGAUUGCCAGGCAACCCACUCCUGAGGGGCUCGUGGAUGGCGUGGACUAUGUCCUUGGACUCAUAGAGCCAUAUGUACGUCGCGGCAUCCCACCCAGUCGCAUUUUUCUGGUUGGAUACUCCCAAGGCGGAGGUUUGGCUUUGGCAGCGGCACUUCGUGCGCCGCGGACCCUGGGGGGAGUCUUGAUGUUGAGCUCUUGGGUGGCGGAACCGCUACCUCUGGAGUUCCAGGACGUACCAGUGCAUAUCUUUCAUGGGGCGGAAGACCCUGUCGUGCCUCUCAGCACAGCCCAGCUGUGCCGACAACGCUUGGAAGCGGUGGGACUCAGGACCAGUUUCCAUGCCUACCCGGGCAUGUCGCACGGAGUGUGUGAUGAAGAGGUGGCCCAGCUGGCACAAACCUUCUAUGAAGCUUUGAGAACAUAG